AUGCCCAAGAAGAUUCAAAAGACCCUUCAAGAUUACCUCUUCAAGAUCAAAAACCCUCACCCUCAAAUCCAAUCACCCCUUAACAUUCUCUCUAGCCGCAAGCAUCCAAAGACACCUUCUUUUGCCUUAUGCAACAACAAUCACAACGAUGAUGCAGCCACUCUAGCCGAUGUUGAUCGUUUCCUCUUUGAGAAUUUCAAGUCUCUAUACUCCAAAGAAGAUGAAGAAGAAAAUGAAAACAAAAACAACACCAAAAGGGUUUCCGAAGAAAGCAACGAGGAAUCUCCAAAACUAGCCUCCAUCUUGUUCGAAUCACCGAGGUUGUUGGAAACACCACGUGAUCUUUGUGGCUCCGCACGAUUCUUCGUGAGUCCAGGGUUCUCAGGGUCACUGAUGGAGGAUGCUCUCACGAGCAUGACAACAACCACAACAUGUGACGAAGCAGGAUCAACCUCAAUUACCACAACAACCCUCAAUGGUUCACCUUCCAAUUCUCAAGAUCUAAAGGAAGCCAUGGAUCAUACUCUUCCUGAGAACUGCAUCGCACUCUUGACAUACUCGCCGAACCCUUACGAGGAUUUUCGGCGUUCCAUGCAAGAAAUGGUGGAAGCGAGGUUCUGGAACCGUGAAAGGGUCAUCGAUUGGGAUUUCAUGGAGGAGAUAUUGUUUUGUUACCUAAACCUGAAUGAGAAGAAAUCGCACAAGUUCAUUCUCGCUGCUUUUGUGGAUCUCACCACCGUCAUGCGUCGGAAUUUGGAGACAGCUCCGGCGAAGCCACGGAGUGUUCGAACUGUUAGGAUUGGAAGGGAGUUAAGGAAGAAGACCAGAGAAACAACAUACCUUUUAAAUGUUACUACAUACAAUGCUGUUUCUGGUGGUUGGUCUAAGUUUGGAAGAGUGAAUGAGAUUGAGAGGAUUAUGGAGGAAAUGGAAGCUGAUGCCUUUCGUCCUGAUUGCACGAUUUUUAGUUUCUUUCUUGAGGGUUUGGGCAGAGCAGGUAGAUUGGAAGAGGGUGUUGAGGUUUUCUGUAAUAUGAAGAAGAAAACUUGCCAGCCAGAUACUGCUGCCUAUAAUGUAAUGAUUUUCAAUUUCAUAUCAGUUGGAGAUUUUGAUGAAUGUAUGAAGUAUUAUAAUGGGAUGUUGAGUGAUAAUUGUAAACCUAAUCUUGAUACACCUACUGCUUUUCCCAGAGCCCGAAAAGUGGCAGAUGCGCUUCUGGUGUUUGAUGAGAUGUUAAGGUAA